AUGGAGCAGGAGAGCGUCAUGUCCAGCCUCCCAUCCCCUCCCUUCUACUUCGCGGAUGGCAUCGCCAACCUCCGCGACCUGGGCGGCUACGCAAUUUCACCCACUUCCUCCGUACGACGCAAUUACCUCUUCCGUUGCGCCACACUCUCCGAUACCACGCCUGAAGGCGCAACUUUCCUCGCCGACAAACUGGGUAUAACCACUAUCUACGACUUCCGUUCCAUUACCGAGUCAGAGCGUUCCCCCUCCGUCGAGAUCGCCGGAACAACCCGCCACCAUGUUCCCGUGUUCAGGGAUCAGGAUGCCAGCCCCGAAAGCCUUGCACUGCGCUACAAGGAUUAUGCCUCCUCUGACGGGCCCCAGGGUUUCAUGCGCGCAUAUGCGGAGAUAUUAAGAGCGGGGUCGGCAAGCGCGUUUCGUGCUGUAUUCGAACACAUCCGCGACAGAUCUGAGGAGCCUCUGCUCUUCCAUUGUUCGGCCGGAAAGGACAGGACUGGCGUGUGCGGAGCGCUGAUUUUGCGGAUUGCGGGAGUUUCUGAUGAAGUUAUUGGACGUGAGUAUGAACUCACUGAGGCUGGGUUGGGUGAGUUGAGACAGUACUUUAUCGACAGGCUGCUGGUGCAUCCCGCAUUUGGUGGGGAUAGAGGUAGCGCUGAGAGAAUGGUUGCAGCAAAGGCGGCCGCGAUGAUGGCGACAUUAGAUUGGAUUGAUAAGAGGUAUAACGGGGCUGAGGGAUAUUUGAAGACGGAGAUGGGAUUCAGUGACCAAGAUAUCAGGUUGAUAAGGAAAAAUUUGGUCAUUUCUGAGAAAGCAAUUUUGUGA